GCGGUGAAAGGGAAAAACCUGCCUCCACUGGCUGCGGAGCGUCGGAGAGCCUGGGGCGCUCCGCGCCAUAGACCUCAAUGCCUCUCUGAACGGUCUUUAGGAAGAGUGCGAGAGAAAGAGCGCGCGCCAGGGAGAGGAGAAAAGAAGAUGAGGAUUAUUUGCAGACAGAUUGUCUUGUUGUUUUCUGGAAUUUGGGGACUCGCCAUGGGAGCCUUUCCGAGCAGCGUGCAAAUAGGUGGUCUCUUCAUCCGAAACACAGAUCAGGAGUACACUGCUUUUCGAUUAGCAAUUUUUCUUCAUAACACUAGCCCCAAUGCGUCAGAAGCUCCUUUUAAUUUGGUUCCUCAUGUGGACAACAUCGAGACCGCCAACAGCUUUGCUGUAACGAAUGCUUUCUGUUCCCAGUAUUCCAGAGGAGUAUUUGCCAUUUUUGGACUCUAUGAUAAGAGGUCAGUACAUACCUUGACCUCAUUCUGCAGCGCCUUACAUAUCUCCCUCAUCACACCAAGUUUUCCUACUGAGGGGGAGAGCCAGUUUGUGCUGCAGCUAAGGCCUUCCUUAAGAGGAGCCCUCUUGAGUCUGCUGGAUCACUAUGAAUGGAACUGUUUUGUAUUCCUGUAUGACACAGACAGGGACUGCAGGACCACAGUUCCUUUUGCUUCUGGUGUCUUCUUUCUGGUGGGUGGAGCUGAUCCAGAGGCUCAUGCCAGUUCCUCUUGGAUAAGGAGUUCAACUGGUAUUUUGGUGACCAGAGCCUCCCCUGGCUAUUGA